AUGGCUACUGGAUAUGGUGAUCCUACAAGUAGAUAUAUCGGUUCAUCGGCAUUCGCCAAGAAUGUUAGGGAUAAACAGCAUUCAACUGAUCCUGAUGAUAUGACACUUAAAGUAGUUGAUGAACUUAAGGAUAUUGUUCGAAAGAAAGUCAGACAAGGUUACGCAAUAACUCAACCAAUUGUUGAGUUAGAAGUUGCCAAGAUCAGACAUGACAAUGACCCUAAUCAACAUGAUAUCGAAGAAUUGAAGGCGCAACUUCCACGUAAUCUUCAAAAUUGUUCUGAUAGUAUUUUACGUGUAUCAAUGGCAUAUGGAAAUGAUCCAGAACAAAUAAAACCCAUAAUACAAUCGAAAAUGAAUAGCAUAAAUUCGAAUGAUAAUAUUGAUAACAUUUCACUCGAUAAUAUUAUAGAACCUUUAAAAAUGCUCAAAAAAGAUUUGGAAAGAAACCCUCUAAAAAAUAUAUUCAAUGCAGUUCGCAACAUCAAUGAACGCAAUAGUGAUCGUGCCGAUCGUUUAUUUCUCAGUGAAGUUCUUCAUUUCACACCUGCUAUACGAGACUAUAAAUUUGACGAUGCUCAUCAAGCAGUAGAAGCUAUUCGCACUACAACAUAUGAAUCAGAAAGACCAGAAGAUCUUCUUUCUAUUGUCAAAACACUUCGAGAAACUGACGAAAUUCGUCAAGCUCUAAACGAUAUGUCAAAAAAAUCAAUGAGACACAAAGAACCAUCAACAGCAACAUCAAAAUUGUCUGAUGAUGAUGACCAUCAUUCAAGUGUCACUACUGGAAUGUAUGACCGAAAUCGAUUUAAUGAGAAUCAAAACCGAUCGGUUCCUUACAGCUCUGUGCCCGGCUCUCAUCAAAAUUCUCCUUCGUAUCCAAAUCGUCCAUCAAACAGAAAUUUCGACAGAUCGGCUGACAAUCGAAAUCAAGCUACUCAUCAUGGUUCUUUUCCUAACCUUCAAGAAGAAUUUCUCUCACAUCCAGGUAACAAGACCUAA